ACGGACCGAGCCGACAACGCAACCCCUUCUCCGCCGUCCCGUUCGCCCCAGACUCUGACUUCCGACUUCGUCGACCGGCCCGAUAUUCUAGCGUGGAUCUGCGACAAGUGCGCAAGACUGGGCGCUCGCGCCGCGCUCGUCGGUCUUGGCGGCGUAGGAAAGUCGCAAAUAGCUAUCCGAUACUGCCACGAGAUCCGCGAUACAUCGCCGCAAACGUCCGUAUUCUGGUUGCACGCCAGCACCAAGGCCCGGUUCGAAGAAGCGUAUAGAGAUAUUGCAGACAGGCUGGAGUUUCCGGGGCGAGAGAAUCCGAAGGCCGAUAUUUUACGGCUGGUCCGCAACUGGCUGUGCGAGGAGACAAACGGCCAAUGGACGAUGAUCCUGGACAACGUCGAUAACCUCGAGACCUUCUUCCCGUCGCGAGACGAUAAGAAAGACGAGCCGUCGAGAAGCCCGCCGGCAUCGCUGGCGGCUUACCUCCCGCAAAGCCGGAACGGAUCGACCCUGAUCACUUCUAGGAACAAGGAUGCAGCAGCCAGACUAUCAGGAGGCUAG